AUGCAAGUGCUAGCUACGUUCUUACUCGUGUGGCUGGUAGGUGGAGUGAGGGCAGUCAUCAGGACUCCUCUGGAAGCCUUUCGACCUUCCGGAGAGAUCCACAUAAAAAGGCCUGAUAAGCUGCCGUUGCUGCCGCACAGGAGGACUACGUUGCCGCCAAAAAGCGGCCUCAAGAUACUUUAUCAGAUCGGGGGCAUCCGGAGUACUUCCAUUCAAGACGCACGUGGUCUCUAUUCCUUUGAGACGGAUGCCAGUUCGAAUCUCGGCCGAGAUACCCUUGAGUCUCUUCACUGUGAGGUGGUCUCGGAGGAAGACCUGCCGCUGUGCAGGGCUAGACAGGUGUGCAGUAAAGUGGAUCUGUACGACGCCAGCCAGCCCUGGAUCGAGAGAAAGUGCCGGUGCUUAGGACACAGACCUUGUUCUAGUGAACUUAUACCCGAUGACAACCAUACGCUCGCAGACAAAACCACCUUGUACAAGACAUGCGAACCGGUAAAAAGGCUACCAAAAUGUCGAUACUUCAAAGAGGCCGCCUGGACGAUCUUCUCCUACCCUGACAGCAACGCCACGCAGCAGAUAGUCAACUGUCAUUGCCCCAAGAACUCGGUCACUUACCUCCUCAAGAAGAUACCGUACACGACACCUAGCGGUGAGCAGGGGAACCAGUACCAGUUCGCGUGUUCGCCGCAAAGCAGAUUACGUUGUUCACGGAAGGAGCCAUGCAAAUUGUUCAGUGCGAGGCGACGGCACGAACAAAUCGACGAAGUUAACGCAAACACGAUAUGUCAAUGUCCGAGAGAUCACACAUGCCCCAGACACCAUACCGAACCCGGUGUGUUGGCUGGAGUGACGUACGCUGCUGAGGACAUACGCACCUACCACGGGUACUGUAUGCCGGAGCCACCACCAGACGUGUAUAGGUUCGUUGGUGAUAAAGAUUGA